AUGCUUACCUCACUGCUCUUUCAACUCUACUCAUACCUUGCUCCUACCUUCCGGGAUACCAAGGGUGGGGCGGCAAGGAACCUCGGCGAGGAUCCAAAGACGCUGCUUGGUCUGCUGGAGAGAGCCGCGAGGCUGUGGCCGAACCACGGCAUUGCAUUCAAGGAUCAAGGAUGGAAUCAGAGGUCUGAUUUCGUGACUUAUGCAGAGCUCCUGAGGGAAGUGGCGACGAACGCAGCCAAACUUCGGGCGCACGGCGCCGUCACGCCACAGAAACCUAUCGUCCUGUACUUCAAUACACACCGCGAUAAUGUUGUGUGGUUUUGGUCGGUUGUGGCGGCCGGCGGCGUGCCUGCUCUCCUUUCCCCGUUAUCCAGCAAUGAAGUGACGCUCGCCGGAGAACUCGACAAUCUCAACCAUCUCUUCGACGGCCCAACAGUUCUCACUACGAAACAACUUAGCCGGCUCUUCAGACCGAUUGCCUUAAUCACCACAAUUACUGUGCAGUCGAUUGUUACAACCAAGGUGGAAGACAAGUUUGAUAUGGAAGUCGUAGAUGAAGGGCGGGGCCGUGAAGAUGAGCUCGCAACGGUCUUGUUCACCAGCGGAAGUACAGGAUUCGCAAAGGGGGUCGAGUACACGCAUACGCAGCUUGUGUGUUCCAGCAAGCUGAAAAGUGCUUUCCAUUGCACGGAUUCAACCAAGACAUUUAUGUCUUGGGUCAGCUUUGACCAUAGUGCUGCGCUUUGCGAAAACCACUUGCAUGCCUUAUACGCAGGUGCAAACCAGGUCAUGGUUCCAGCGAUUGACUUCGUGAGGAAGCCUGUUCGAUUCUGGAAGGUGCUCAGCGAUCAUCGCAUUGCUUAUACCUUUGCCCCGAAUUUCUUCGUCGCCGCUGCAACACGUGCUAUCAACGAGAUGGAUGAAUUCGAGAAGAAGAACAUGAAGUUGGACUUCAGUGAGCUCCGCGUGAUUAUGUGCGGUGGUGAAGCGAACAAGACAGCUACGUUGGACGCAGCAGAGAGGGUGAUGACGGGCUAUGGCGCACCAAAGUGCAGCAUCAAGGCGAGCUACGGCCUGAGUGAGACUUGUUCGGCGGUCUUCUACAACCUGGAGUCCCCAGCAUACGACGUGAAGCGAAAAUACCUUUUUGCAUCUGCUGGAAAACAUUUGCCGCAACAUGAGCUCCGUCUUGUAGAUGGGAAUGGCAAACACGUCCGGCGGGGAGGGACAGGUUCCAUCCACAUACGAGGAGCGCUCAUAUUUCAGCGAUACUACAACAACGAGGUUGCCACGAGCGCUUGCAAGACGAAGGACGGUUGGUUCGACACGGGAGAUCUUGGAAUGCUUGACGACCAAGGAAACUUGUGCAUUGUCGGCCGCUCCAAGGAGAUUCUCGUUAUCAACGGCCAGAAAUACUCAUCUUUCGAACUGGAACAUGCAAUCGAGUCUGCAAAUAUCUCUGGCCUCACCAAGAGCUAUACCGCAUCUUUUUCGAUCUGGGUUCAGGAUGCCAAAGCCGAUAGCGAGGAUAUUGUCAUCCUCUUCAACCCGAUUAACGACGCCGUGGAUGAUUCGCCCGAACUUCGAGAGACUAUUACUCAAAUCAAGGAGGCUUGUAUUCGCUUCUGCCGUAAGCGUCCUGUGGAGGUCAUUCCUCUGCCGAAGCAGAAGCUACCCAAGUCCACGAUUGGGAAAUUAUCUCGCGCAAAGCUGAAGAAGUCUUUUCAAGCCGGUUACUUUGACCAGUUCAAGCUGGCAGAGCGUGCACCUCGGUCUGACUCCAGUCGAGGUGCCGAGUUGUGUACGCCACUGCAAAAGACUUUGGCGGGCGUUCUGUGUGAGGAGACUGGACUGAAGCCCUCGGAUUUGCACCUCGACAUGCCAAUUGCAGAUUUGAACAUUGACAGUCUCGGAUAUCUCCGCGUCAAAUCAUCACUCGAGAAGAUUCUCGAGUGUGAAGAUCCGAUUUCCAUGGCUCUUCUCCUUUCUUGCCGGACGAUCGGCGACCUUGACAUGAUGCUUCUUUCCUUGGGCACCACAACAACCGAGUAUGAUCCCAUAGUACCACUCGUUGCUUCAGGCUCGAAGUGUCCGCUCAUUCUAUGCCAUCCUGGGGGGGGCGAGUUCCUGACCUGGCUUGGGUUGCUAAAGUAUAUUCCGGAUCGUCCCAUCCUUGCGCUUCGCGUGCGCGGGUUCCACAAGAACGAGACUCCAUUCGAAACAAUAGAUGAGAUGCUUGACGUUUACAUGGAUGGCAUCAAACGGCACCAACCGAAAGGACCAUAUUCGCUUCUGGGCCUGUGCUUCGGCGGAAUGCUUGCAUUUGAGUUGGGCAAAAGACUUGAGGCUGCAGGCGAGCAAGUUGCAUUCUGCGGCGGCAUCGACAACCCUGCCGACUUGACCCGGAUUCAGGUACGCGAAAAGCAGCGGAACUUUAUCAUCGACUUGCUGCACUUCUUCCAGAUCCUGGACCUCGAGACUGCGCUGAGAUGGGAGGAGGAGAUGGAUCAUAUUCCAGACGAACAGUUCACGCAGGCAAUCUUCGCACGCUUCCCAGACGGGACGCUGGAAAACAUUGAUCUGACGAUUCCAAAGGUGGAAACGUGGCAGCGGAUCAACAAGAACAUGCAGGAGAUCACGCGGUCGUACGUGCCAAGCGGGCAGGUUUCGAAAUAUGACCUUUUCUGGGUGCCUCCAUUGCCGCAGUAUAAGUGUUCGGAUGAGCAAUGGCGGCAUGACUGGCUAGCGAAGUGGAAGAACCACGUGACGGGGGCGAAGCAAAGCGACGUUGACUGCGAAGCCUCGGAAGGGCCGUUGCGGUACCACCGCGUUCAGGGGACGCACUUUACCAUUCUAAGGCCGGAGAACAUUGAUAUUUUCCAGGUCGCGUUGAACAAGGCGCUGGAGGUGCGAGGUGUGUGA